AUGUCUUCUAUAUCCACCGAUCAUGAUGCAAGCUCGCGCGACAGCAUUUCGUCUGCUGAAGAUCGCGAUGCGAGUUCACGCGACAGCGUCUCGUCCGCUGAAGAUUCCGAGGACUGGGUUGACAUUCCCGCAAAGCCCCACAAGCCGUCUAGGCUGUCCUUGUCGUUGCGCAACAAUCCCUUCGUCAAUAGGAUCUUCCGCCUUGCCGAUAGAACGCGAUGGAAGAUCUUGAAACCACUAUCGCUACUCGAGUUCCAGGAGGACUUUAGCCCUUGCGAAGCGCGCCAGGUCUACACAUGUGUUUGCCUCGAUGAGCCAUGGAAAGGCGUUGGCGAGUGCAUAGUCAAGAUCAAGUUUCAGAUCAGCGCCAAUCAAAUGGCAAUACAGGAGUAUGAGGCACUGGUCGACGAUGAUCUGGAAUAUCUACAAUCGCAUCCCAACGCCGACCGCAAGAUGCUUAAAAUCCACGAACAUCAUCUUGAAGUUUCCACCAAGCCCAUAACCACGCACUGCAAUGGCGCAACCGCAAAUGAGAUGGAAGCCCUCAUUACCUUAGGGGCAAAUGGGUGUCGGCAUGCGCCUUGUCUCAUAGGUGUAGCGGUGGACCCUUUACGGCGUGGCCUGCAUCGAAAGGCCAUUGCAGGAGGCUAUUGUGUCUUUCUGCUCAUGACCAGGCUGCCCGGAAAACCUUUGGGCCUGGACUCUUUCUGCAAAGCACCGCGCGAUGAGCGCGAUCUGAUCCGCGAGGCUUUCAGGGAAGCAUGGCUCGCCGUGGUGAAGAUUGGAGUCGUUCCUAUGGACCGUGCUCUGCGCAACAUCAUGUGGGAUAAGGACGAGUCCAGGUGUUACAUCAUCGACUUUGAAGACAUCGAUAAAGUUCACACCAGCGAAUACGACUCCUUGAGUCUUUCAGACAGAGAGCUUGCGCUAUGGAUACCAAGCGAGGAGAAGGUCGCGGAAUACUUAGCGGUUUAG